CACACAUGCAGAAACAAGAUAAACAACUUUAUCAGCCGACACAUUUGUAAAACGCAACACUAAUACAUUUGUUUAGUCAGUGUAUGGCAUUUUUAUUUUAUCUGCCUGACAAUUUAUAAUCAGGCACAAAACAAUGCAGAAUCCACCAAAACAUCCCCACAAAGUGCUCAAUUCAAAACCUGUCAAAUAAACACUGCAUCUCAGAAAUAUCAGUUACUUUUUAUUUUAUUUUAAAAUGUGAAUAAACUGCAAAUGAAAUGAAAUUAUAUGCAUUUUGUUUUAUUGGAGAAUAUAGCUUCAAUUGGGCUUAUGACGUGGUUAUUUUGAACUGGAAAUGUUUUGCAAUGCUAAAAUAAAAUAACUUACUAUUUUUAUUUCAUUUUAAAUACAUUGUUUGUGCAUUUACGCGCUGUGUUCAGUAGGUGGCGCCAGAAGAACACAUGGAGCAGUAGUUUCAAGAGGAAGAAGCGUGUUUCUCUUUCGGAUCCAAGAUGGCGGCGGCCAGAAAACCAAAACGCGUGGCCGCUUCACAACCUGGAUUUCUCACUUUAAAAUCAUCGACAAACCCCACGGACUUGUACAGUAGCAAGAGAAAACGUGUGAACAAAAAUAAGAAAAAGAACUGGAACAAACACAGUGAUAUUAACGAUGUAGAGGACUUUUUGGAAGACAUCAGGCACCAGGAGAGGACCACCGGUGGUCUGCUUGCUGAGAAGCCAGAUGACAGUUUGUUUUUUGUGGACAUUGGACAACCAAAGAAAAUUGAAGAGAAAGCGCCAGAACCUGAAGAGGGAAAGAAAAGGAAAGGCAAAUCUUCACGUCCACUUAGAAUAGACUUAAUCCUGCAACAUGACUCCCUUGUUCCGCCACCAAAAGAUGUAUUGGCCUAUCAGCAACCCAACGCUAAGAAACUCCGGCGCAGUGCCCAGUUAGCAGCCAAAGGAGUGGCUCCACGAAGACAGAAGCUGCUUCUAAACAGACGAACUGCACCACGACCGACCAAGAAUGCAAUAACAGAGGCCAACAACAACCCCAACCGAGACUACUAUGACAUAUGGGGCCAAGAGACUAAAGAUACUGCAGACCCAUGGUAUCUCCAACAAACUAAAAAGAAGCUAGUAAAGCGCCCAGAGAAGUUGAACGCAAAGCCUUCUGUGCUUCCUGCUGUGGAGGUCAUCGCUCCUGGAGGAUCUUAUAAUCCAGACUUCUUUGCACAUCAGUCAUUACUACAAGAAGCCCAUGAAAUAGAAGUGGUAAAACAGAAGGAAGAGCAUAAAAUUGAACGGCAACUGGCGUACAACAAAGACGACGCUGCUACAGAGGAGACAAUAUUUCAGGAGCAAGUACAGGGCCUUGUUGAGGGUGAGGACGAUGAUGAAGUUUGGGCCUCAGAAGGUGAUGAAGGUGAUGAAGAGCAGGAGGAAGAGGAUGGGGCUGUCGGAGCUAUCGCAGUCGCUCAGAAGAAAACUGAGAGGCAGAGGAAGAGAGAGAGGGCAGAAAAAGUCAAGGAGCAGCAGCGGUUAGCUGAGAAACAGGAAGUGGAGAAGAAGCAACAGCUCUUCCAGCUUCGAACGAUAAAAACCUCCAUCAAAAAAGAAGACCAGAAAACAAAGGAAAGACAGACCAAACGCAAAGCAAAACAAGAGGCCCAGAAAGCACAGCCCAGGCGUCUUGGACGGCUCAAAUUUCAGCCACAGGACAUGGAGGUCCAGCUAAGCGAUGAGUUGGCCGAUUCCCUUCGAAGACUCAAGCCAGAGGGCAGCGUACUCAAAGACCGUUUCAAGAGUCUUCAGAAGAGGAACCUGAUUGAACCAAGAGAAAGAGCCAAGUUCAAGAGGAGACAUAAAGUCAAGUAUGUGGAGAAGAGGGCUUUUAGAGAAAUCAGCUAAAGGAGGACAGCUUUUAAUUAUCAAAUGCAACCCAAUGGAGCUGUGUAUAUAUGUAUUGAUGACCUUUGACCCCCAGAAACCACAACUGCCUUCAAAAUGGCGCUGGAAAACGUUGUUAAUUGUAUACAAUAAAUAAUUAAACAUUGUGCAUU